UUUAAGGCCAGAAUUCAGGGCAGAGAAUCCCCGUAUGAGCGGAAUGUCGGCCGUAUGAGCGUGCCGAGCGACGGGAACACGGCCGCCUGCGAUGGAAGAGGGCCAGGUGAGGGCUCGGAGGAGGCGAGAGGCAAGCAAGUGGAGAUCUUGACGAGGCAAGUCGAGGAGCUGCAGAGGAAGCUGAAAGGGGACACACUGGCGGACGAAAACGACGUACGUCGGGCACAAAACAACAAGAAGAAGAAAUCGCGGAACUUACAGCUUCUCUUCUACAUGUAUCUGUGUGUGUUUUCUCUAUCUCUCAGGCGUUACGUUGCCAGAUCUUGCAGAUCCAGGAGGACUGGCACGCUGCCCAGGACACCUUCAUCACGCUGCAGUCGGUAAGCGCACCGCCCACGCAGCCACAACGAACGCACCCAGUUGACAUACUAUCUGGAUCCCCUCUCUCCAUCUCACAACGUGCAGAGCCUUCACAAACAGAUUGCCCAGCUGACGCACGAGUGGGCCUGCCAUCGCCAGCACAGGCCGACAGAAGACCAACUGUACUCUGUGUCUGUGUCUGUGUCUGUGUGUGUGUGGUCAGGUUGUCGCGUGAGCGUGAUGAGAAGGAGCAGGCCGAGUGCAGGGUGCUCUUCUUGGAGGACCGUGUGAAAUUCGCUGAGGACCAGCUGCGUGUCAUCGUCGAGCGACUGCGGUGUAAGUAUGCCACGUGUGUGCAUGUCCGCCCGCCCGUCCACACCACACAACUGCUUGCCUUGCCUUCCUCCUUAUUCUCUCCUCUCCCCCGUCAGGCGACUUGGCAACGCGUGACGCGACGAUUCAGUGUCUGGAGCUGCGGCUGGGCACCGGCAGCCACAUCCCAGGCCCUCCGCCGUUCAACGCGGCGGCAUCUGCGUCCUUCCCGCCAUCGUUCCCGCCGCCACCAGCACCACCUAAUGUGCACGAGCCGCCAGGCAUCUCACCAGCACACGCACUGGAUGUGCUUGUGUGUGUGUGUGUGUGUGCAGAGCCAGAGUGACAAGACGAGCAGUAGCGGGAACUCGCCAAUGAGCGACUCGGCCGACAAGGGGGCGGAGGGGGAGGCAGGCAGCAAGGAGAGAGAGGGCAGCAGCGGCAAAGAGGAUGGCGGCCAUGCCGAAGGCGAGAAGUUGACGGACUACCAAAAACUCCAGAGUAUGAUCAGUGGGGCACGUGAUUGAUGGAUGGAUUGAUAUUUGCUUGGUUGGUGCGGUUCAUUGUCAGAGAUACUCUUUGUGCGUGAGGAGCAGCUGGGCCGCCUGGCCACACAGCUCAACGCCACCAACCUGCAGCUAGAUAAGGUCAGUGCAGUGAGCCACACACGCCUGUCGGAUGUAUCCGUGUCUGUCCAUCGCCUGUCGUCUGUCUAUCUGUCUGUCUGUCUGUCUGUCUGUGUCUUCCUGUCCAGCAAGCUCACGAGACGAAGCGGGCGCUCGCGGCCAUCGAGCAGCUUCGGAAUAAGGUAGGUAGAGACCACAACAGGUCCUCUGUACCUGUGUGUGUGCAUCUUCGUGUUGUCUUUUCCGGCCAACCGGCAGAACAUAGAGUUGACACAUGGCCUGAGGCGCGAAGCACGAGUGCGCGAAGAGCUAGAAAGACGAACAAGGGUACGGGGCACAGAAAGACCGACCCGGGAGGAUGCAUAGCUAUGCAUCCCACCUGUGUGCUGUGUGUGCAGAAGGUGGGUCGUGCGGAGCAACACAUGCAGUACCUCAUGAACGCGUCCUUCCCCGUCAUGCUGCCACUGUACGACUCGUCGCCGCCAAGCGUCCCCCCUGCCCGGCCCCCCUCCCACGCCCGCCCGCCCCCUCCCCCUCUCGCCGAGUACCCAGCCAACACUCGGCCGGCGGCCAUCGACACCAAUGGCAGUGGCAACAGCGGGCAGCAGGGGCCCUCACCCACCGCCCCACCCACCGCUUUCCUGUAAGUCUGCCAAAUUUCGGAUCGAUGGAUGGAUGGAUGGGUGUUUACAUUCAUUCAGCAUCCCGCCACACGAGUUCCUGGCGGCACUGAGGGCCGAGGUGGAAGCCCUGCGCGACCAGGUGGACAGGCAGGCGAGACCUGCACCCGCUCAGGCUCAGGCGCCCCCACCGCUGGCCCACACGCCUCCUUCGUGCGUGACGCGGCUGACACGGUCCGACACGAUGGAGGAGGGAGAGAGGGAGGGCGAUGGAGAGGUGGACGACGGCCCCUCAUCGGCGCCGAGCCAGGUCACUCACCACGGUCAGCAUGAGCAGCCGGCCGACCCAGCCCUGAUGUCGUCACGCGUCGUAGAGGAGCAGACCCAUGGAGCAGAGUACACACGUAACGGCUGCACCUAUGGCGGUGGCUCUGGCGAUGGCGAUGAUGAUAGUGGCGAGAUCGACACAAUAGAGGUGACGCUGCUGGCCAACGUGGCUGUGGACGUCCGCGAGGAGAUCGAUGUGUGCCCUUUGCAGCGGCCUGGAGAAGGGCAUAGGCAGCCCGGGGACAAUCACGGGGAGGGCAGGCCGAUCGAUGGCGGCUGAUGGGGUAGACAGACAGAUGGACAAACAAACAACCGGAUGAGCGGAUUGAUGACAGUUUGUCCGCGUGUCCUAGGGUACAUGUCCGCUGGUAAUCUUGUGUGAGGCCGGGGGGGAGGGUGCGCCUGCUUGUACAUGGCUGGAACUGGACCGACCUUGCCGAUCAAUCC